AUUCCUCUUAAGUUAUUAUCAGCCAUUAGAUAUAGGUUUCUGAUUGUGUAAACCUGUGUAAGCUUAUAAAUAAGCAUGAUGGACGAAAUUGUAUCUCUCUAAGAGAGAGAGGGGGAUUUCCCCUCCUCCUUCAUCAAUGAAAGGGUUUUGAAAACCAGAAACACAAAUCUAUUCUCUAGUCUUAAUCUCUCAGUCUCUCAGUCUCUUAAUCUCUGUUUCUAAGUCUCUUAUACACUCAAAAACACUCUUAUCAAUCUCUGUUCUUAAAUCACCAUUAAAAGCUCUCAUCUUGCUCAAUUGGAGCUUAUACACAUUCACACACACAACCAGAGUAGUACUCUAUAAAAACUCACAAUCUUAAUAGGGUCCUUUUGGCUCUUACUUAAAGACACGUGACCAACAAGAUAGGUCUAAACUUCUGAAAAAACUGACAUGUGUAACAUCACCUUGGCCAGCUGUUGAAUUUCAAGAACAAGGGGUGAGGGUAUAUAUAUAACUUUAGUUUUGGUGGAGUCAAAAAAGAAGAUAGAGAGCGUUAGAAAUGUCUGGAGCGCAAGGAGCAGAGCCGAUGGGAUCAAAGAAGGCGACGACGUACGAGUCAGUGGAAGGAGGACAGAACAAGACAAAGCUUGAUAUAAGGUCAAAGGAAGACGAAGGUGGAAUUCAAGUUGAUAAGCACCAAGAAAAGGUCACCGAUGCUGCUGGUCUAGGCGGACCUGUAUUUGGCGCUGGUAAAGACGACAAGAAGCAGGAUCUUGGUGUUACCGGCACUGGCUAGGUCUGUGGUUUUGAAAUGUAGAUUAAUAUGA